ACAAGAGUGGUAACAAUUCAAUACUUAUAGGAAGUGAUAAUAACGGUAUUCAUUACUUUAGUGGCUGUUUCAAAAUGAAACUGUUUUUCCAUUUCAUUUCGAUGUUGUUUUGCCUUGUGUAUGGCCAAACAAUUUCUGAUGUUAAUACAUUGUACAAAGAUUUGAUGACAAAUUAUUCAAAAGGAGUGAUACCUACCCCAUCUACAGAGACACUAAACAUAAGUAUUGGGGUUUUCAUUGUAUCAAUCAAUUACUUUCGAGAAGUUGAAGAAAGUAUUUCUGUCACGUGCUCAUUUACAGUCGAUUGGACGGACACUAGACUUGCGUGGAAUCCGUCAACAUAUAAUAAUGUAAAUGUGUUACUUAUUGAUAUGGAAAACAUAUGGAUACCUAAUAUAGUACUACUUAAUCGAGUUGACAAAAUUGAACCGAUAGGAGAUGGAGUAAAAUUCUCUGGAGCUGUAAAUAGCACUGGUAAUGUACAUUACGCUCCUGGACUAGUCGCUGAUGUAAAAUGUGUCACAGAUAUAUCUAAAUUUCCGUUUGACAGACAAACCUGUACUCUUCACAUAGUUCCUUGGGGAACAAAUCUGCCGUACGCUAUGUUCAAGAAUUUCUUCAAUAAUACUUGUAAUUUAGAUUACUACUCUGUGAACUCAGAUUGGACAUUAGAAGAGUGCAGUCUACGAAUAGAUAAUUCAAAAGCAUAUACGGAAUUAAUUGUCACAUUGAAAAUCAAACGUUCUUCAUUGUAUUUUGCAAUAAUGGUAGUCUUUCCAACGUUGCUGCUAGGUUUUUUGAACCCACUAGUGUUUAUUCUUCCAGUUGAAACGGGUGACCGUAUAGGCCUAUCCGUAACACUGCUUCUGUCAUAUGCAGUUUUUCUCACACUCGCUUCAGCAUCCGUACCGGCAACAUCUAAUCCAAUGUGUACUUUACUUAUUAUAAUGGUUGCAAUUAUAGCCAUCAGUGGUGUUAUUGUUUAUGGUACAACUAUUACUAUAAAAUACCAUUAUACAGAGAGUAUGGACGCUAUUUGGUCUCCCUUCAUUAAACUAGCCAGAUGGAGAGUAAGAAGAAAGUUAACCUUAAUAGAACCAUUUGAUCCUAAAAAGGAAUUAUCAGUUACAAAGAAAGAUGUCAUUGAUCUGUUGGAUUUUCUGUUUUUUCUAUGGAUCCUAUAUAAUUCUGUUUGCAGUUGGAAUUGGAUACUUUACACACGUUUUGAUUUAAUGUGUUGUUUUUUUUUUUGA